AUGACGUCCCGCCGCAUCAUCUCCGACGAGAAGACCAUCCUCGACAAGGAUGACCACCUGAGCCCAGGUUCCGGCGCGAGCCAGGACUCAUCAGACACCGCGCCUGCUGUUCCCACAGACGUCAUCAUGAAGCUCCUAGCCUUCACCUUCGCCAUGGUCAUCGUCCCCAUCGGGUCGUACUUCCUAACAGUGAACACGAUAUUCAAAGGCAACUCAACCUACGCCGGCGGCCUAGCAGCCCUCAUGGCCAACGUGGUGCUGAUAGGCUACGUGGUGGUGGCCAUAAACGAGGACCAGACGGAGCAGCUGGACGCCAAGAAGAAGGCGCAGGGGAAGAAGGACUGA